AUGUCAGAGGAAUUUCCUCAAGAAAAGAAUGUCUUAGAAAAUGAUGAAUCCAGUAAAGUUACUGAACAUUAUACAAAGCUUGAUGUGGGUGAUUCAGAGAGCUAUGAUGUGCCAUCUAUUAAAGACUUGAGUACUUUACGAAAAGUUGCUGGUCGCAUACCCACUGCUGCGUGGUUUAUAAUACUUUGUGAACUCUGUGAACGAUUUACAUAUUAUGGUGUCUCUGGUCCUUUUCAAAAUUAUAUUCAAUUUCCUCCACCUGUAGAAAAGAAUGGACAACCUGGUGCAAUUGGUGCAGGUCAACAAGCUGCAACUGCAUUAACUUUGUUUUUCCAAUUCUUUUGUUAUAUCACUCCUAUAUUCGGUGCAAUUCUUGCUGAUCAAUAUAUUGGAAGAUUCAAUACUAUUUUUAUGUUUUGUUGUGUUUACAUGGUUGGUCUAGUAGUCUUGACUGUCACUGCAAUUCCACAAGCAAUUGCUUCAGGUAUUUCUCUUCCUGGUCUAAUCAUUGCUAUGGUUAUUAUAGGGUUGGGUACAGGUGGGAUCAAAUGUAAUGUUGCACCUUUGGCCGGUGAACAAAAUACACUCACUAAACCCUAUGUCAAAGUAUUAGCAAAUGGUGAUAAAGUCGUUGUGGACCCAGAAUUGACCACUCAAUCUAUUUUUCAUUGGUUCUAUUUGGCAAUAAACAUCGGUGCUCUAUCCCCAGUAAUCACUACAAAUGUCGAAAAAUAUCAUUCUUAUUGGUUGGCUUACCUAAUUCCAUUAAUAAUGUUUAUUUUCGCAAUUUUGGUGUUGAUAAUUGGAAAAAAUCAAUUGGUCAAAAAAACUCCAAAUGGAUCUGCUUUAUUAAAUUGUUUUCGAGUUCUUCGGAUAGCUUUUUCUCAUGAUCGUUCUUUAGAAAAUGCAAAACCUUCCAAUAUGUCUGAUGAUGUUAAAGCCAAAGAACAUGUAACUUGGGAUGAUGACUUUGUGGAUCAAGUACGAACUGGAAUGCAAACUGUUCGUAUUUGCAUAUUUUUCCCGGUUUAUUGGGUUUGUUAUUUACAGAUUCAUAAUAAUUUAAUAUCACAAGCUGCUACAAUGCAAGUUGGUGGG